CAUUGCUCCUCUGGCUCAUCCCCAAGUGUUCCGCCUAAAUUUGCCGCGGCGGAAGCCCGGCUUCCCUCCGACCCCGCCGAACGCUCCGAGGGGCGGCGCCGCUGGGCCAGCAGAGGGCGCCAGGCGGGCCGCGGCCCCCGAGCCGCGUCAUGGCCGCCGCGCGGGUGCUGCUGCUCCUGGCCGGGCGCCCCGUGUCGCCGAGCUUCGUGCAGAGUGUGUGUCGCCUCCUGGGCGCCGGGCCAGGGCUCGGGCCGUGGCCCACGCACUGCAGCUUGAAGCGAGGACGACUCGUCCUCUCGGACGGCCCGUUCCCAGGCGCUUCGACCAGGCUUCCACUCCAGCAGCUCAGGACUCCGGGGGCCGAGCUGCCCACGAAUCGAGGUGUGGAUCUGGGUGUGGCCGUCAUGCUGCAGUCCAGCGACCAGACUGUCUUGUUAACCCGAAGGACACGCACCCUCAGCGUUUCUCCCAACCUCUGGGUACAUCCAGGUGGGCACGUGGAACUUGAUGAAGAGCUGUUGGACGGAGGGCUUCGAGAACUUUGGGAGGAGAGUGGACUCCAGCUGCCCCAGGGCCAGUUCUCUUGGGUCCCUCUGGGGUUAUGGGAGUCUGCCUACCCUCCUAGGCUGAGCUGGGGUCUCCCCAGAUACCAUCACAUCAUUCUCUAUCUACUCGUGGUCUCCCAGGAAUCACAGCAGCAGCUGCAGGCCCGGAUCCAACCAAACCCAAGUGAGGUGAGCGCCUUUAUGUGGCUGGGACCAGAUGUAGCAGCUGCAGUGGCUGCCACAGAGGAUGGGACAGAGACACCCAGACAUCUCCCCCAGGAGCUACCACCCUCCGUCCUUACGGCAGAACUAGAGGAGGACGGAGGAGCUCGACCCCUGGCCUUGCCCGUGUCCACGCUGCUGCGGACGACCCCAACCACAGCUGAAGGCAAAGAGAGGGUCAGCUCUGGGACCAAGUUUGCCCUCAGGCUCUGGCUGCAACAUGUGCACAGGUAGAGCCGGGAUGGCAGCUGAGGUGACAGGACAGUGCUUUUUGGUCGGGGGCAGGUCCUCCUCAUCUGAUGAACUCUCUAUUGUCAAGUCAAUAACUUCAACCUUCUUCUUAUUCUCGGAUGGAUUGCCCUCUUG